AUGAAUAACUACGCACAAAAAAAUAUCGUUAAAGCGAAAAUUGAAUUAUCGGGUCUAAGUUGCUCUAGUUGUGUUCGGUCAAUCGAACAAAAUUUAGAGAAAUUACCAGGUGUCGUGAAGAUAUAUGUAAAUUUGUUGUUGAGUAAUGCUACUUUGGAAUUUGAUCCGACACAAAUUACACUCGAUCGAAUUACUCGAGCUAUUAGAGAUGCUGGGUAUAAAGUUGAAAAUGUUAAUAGCGGUAACAACAAUAAUAGUUCUAGUUCAUUAUCAGCAUCUCUACCACCCCAAAAAAUCCCGAACAUUAAUAUAACAACCAUGCCACCAUCAACGUCAACUCAUUCAACGCUUACAAUGGCAAAUGCACGAUUAGAGAUAACAGGAAUGACGUGUGCGUCAUGUGUUAGUUCGAUACAAACAGCAAUAGAAAGCUUGGACGGAGUGGAAAACGCGCAAGUAAAUUUACUCACCAAUGAAGCAACGGUAAAAUACAAUCAACAUAAAAUUGGUACGCGUGAUUUAGUUGAAGCAAUCACAGAAGUUGGAUUUGAAGCUAAAAUAAUACCGUCGACCACAAAAAAUAAUAAUCUCGGAAACACGAUACGAGAACGUGCAGAAAGAGAGCAACGACGAUUAAAAGGUCGAUUUCUCGCAUCACUUUGGUUCGCUAUACCCACUUUCAUAAUUUCAAUGAUAUUUAUGACCGCUCUACCAAUCUCCAAUAAUGUACGCAUGGCAUUCAUGAAACAACUCAUACCGGGAUUAGAAGUGGGAACACUGAUACUUUUCUUAUUAGCAACACCUGUCCAAUUCUAUCUCGGUGGUCCAUUCUACGUGAAAGCAUGGAAAUCAUUAUAUUAUGCGCGUGUUGCAAAUAUGGAUACACUGGUGACAAUCGGCACGACAAUCGCGUAUGUCGGAUCAAUUGUGAAUGUUGCUGUCCCGAUAGCAUAUAAAGAUGAUCGACCAAGGCAACAGUUCUUCGAAACUAGUGUUUUAUUAAUCACGUUUAUAUUGUUGGGAAGAUGGAUGGAAGCAAAAGUAAAGGGAAAAACAUUCGAGACUAUAACGAAAUUAAUGGAAUUACAACCAGAUAAAACGACUUUGGUGAAAUUUAUUCAAAAUGGACAAACUGAUGAUUCGUUUACUGAACAUGAAAUCGAUUCGGAUUUAAUUCAAAGCAAGUUAUUUGAUCAUAUAUUAUUAGAUUUUAAUUUAGCGUUGCUCGAUGAUAUACUUAAAGUAAAUGCGGGAGGAAGAAUUCCAUGCGAUGGGGAAAUAUAUCGUGGAACAACGACAUUAGACGAGUCAACGAUAACUGGUGAAUCAAUUCCCGUAUCAAAAGGAGUUGGUGAUAUCGUAAUAAGCGCAACAGUAAAUCAAACAUCAACAAUUUGGAUAAAAGCAACAAGAGUUGGUACAGAUACAACAAUAUCACGUAUAAUAAAUCUCGUACAAGAAGCACAAUCAAGUAAAAAAGCACCGAUCGAAGAAUUCGCUGAUAAAAUAUCACACAUCUUUGUCCCAGUUGUGAUUGGAAUAGCAUUGUUAGUGUUCAUAGUGUGGGUUGGAUGUGGUGGAACUGGUAGAAUCCCAAGUGAUUGGUUAGACAAAGACCAAAAUUAUGUGAUGUUUUCAUUAUUUUUUGCUAUUUCUGUGAUGGUAAUAGCGUGUCCUUGUGCGAUGGGUCUUGCUUCACCAACUGCGAUCAUGGUAGGCACAGGAAUAGCAGCAAAGCUUGGAAUCUUGAUAAAAGGAGGCGGAGAAGCGAUUGAACUAACAAACAAAAUGGAUGUGAUUGCAUUUGAUAAAACGGGAACUUUGACUUUCGGUAAACCUAAAGUUAUCGACGCGAAUUUUUUCUAUCCUAACGAUCCAUUGGAAAAUGCACGAUUAUUAAUGCGAAUUAUUGGUUUAGUUGAAUCGUCAAGUGAUCAUCCAUUAGCAAAAGCUGUUUUUCAAUAUACUGUAGAUCAAAAUACCAUUGAUCGAAACCUGAGUACUUCAUCGUAUCUUGAAACAGUUGCACCAGUUCUCGACUUACCGUCGAACAACGUGACACUGACAGCUGUUACAGAAGUCCCUGGUAAAGGACUCGAAGCAAGAGUAAAAGUUAAUUUAGCACCCCGGAAUUUUUUUCCUGCUAGCUAUAAUCCAGCAAUUUCUGAUUCGGAUUCAAACCACGACACGACUUCAUUAUAUUACAAUGUGUUUAUCGGGAAUGAAAGAUGGUUACGUGAUCAUAAUUGCAUGUAUCCGUCUCCUGAAAUAGAUCAAGAAGCGAAAAAUACGCUGCGGAAUUGGAAGUUAAGUGGUUCUUCAAUUGUGUUGGUUGGGUUGAGAAAGUCAUCGGAGAAGAAAGAUGGAUUGAUAUUGGCCCAGUUUGCUGUGGCGGAUACACCGAGGCCAGAUGCAGCGAAAACUGUUGCGGUAUUGAAAGCGCGAGGAAUUGAUAUUUGGAUGAUUACUGGGGAUAAUCCGAUCACUGCGAAGGCAAUUGCAGCACAGAUUGGUAUUGAGAAUGUGCUAGCAGAAGUAUCACCAGAAAUGAAAGCGGAAAAAGUUAAGUGGCUACAAAGGCGCGGUGCUUCGUCUGACAAUGAUAGCAUUGACAAAAGUAACGUAAAAACGAAACCUAAAAUCUCCAGACUACAGUCCUGGCGACUAUUUAAACACUCAAAAUCACAACAACGACGACGACGUGCAGUUGUCGCAAUGAUCGGUGACGGGAUUAACGAUUCACCUGCACUAGCACAAUCAGAUCUACCGAUUUCAAUAGCAAGUGCCACCGAUGUUGCUAUUGAAUCAUCGUCAAUUAUUCUUACGAGGUCAGCUCUCUCGUCACUUGUCACUCUAAUCACAUUGUCAAAUUCCAUAAUACGUCGUAUUCGAUUGAAUUUCUUGUGGGCUUACCUUUAUAAUAUAUUGGCUAUACCAAUAGCAGCUGGUGUUUUUUUCCCGGCUUUUCAUUUUGCUUUGAGACCUGAAAUCGCGGGACUAGCGAUGGCAGCGAGUUCUAUAAGUGUCGUUUUGAGUAGUUUAUGGUUGAAAAACUUUAAAGAACCUUAA